AUGGCGACAGUAGCAAGUAAAGCACGUUGUGUUACAUGUGGAAAAGAGAAAAGUACAGUUCGAUGUGAUGGAUGUUCUCAACCAUUUUGCUACAAUCAUCUCGUAGAUCAUCGACAAGAAUUGAACAAACAAUUAGAUGAAAUUGAAGUCAGUCGAGAUCUUUUUCGACAAACUCUUACAGAACAAUCAGCUAAACC